ACAGCGUGCUGGGAUGGGACGGGCUUGGCAGAAAGCCGUCUGAUUCGCUGUUUUCUCCGGUUGCUAAAAAGUCGCACACAUGAGCCUGACAUUCCUUUCCUCUGUUCAUCUGGCAGUUAGAAGUAGUCGGUGCUCGAUUGGUUUCGUCUGGAGAAACCAUGGCAGACCGAGAGGAUACUGUUGCAAUUCCUGACUUCAGAUGCCUUCUUCAAAUGGACCCUAACCUCAAAACCUACGAGAGGGACUUCAAGAGGAGGUAUGAGCUGCUACAGAAGCAGCUUUUACGGCUGGAAGAGGCAGAAGGAGGCUUCGAGAGGUUCACGCGCAGCUACGAGACCUUCGGCGUGCAGCGACAGCCUGACAACAGCCUGUUUUUUCAAGAGUGGGCUCCGGGUGCAGAGGCCCUCUUCCUCACCGGUGACUUCAAUGGCUGGGAUAAAUUCUCCCACCCCUACACCAAGAAACCAUUUGGCAAGUGGGAACUGAUUCUGCCGCCCAAGCAUGACAAGUCUCCAGCUGUGGAUCACAACACCAAACUCAAGGUGGUAGUUCACACCAAGGAUGGUGGCCGGCUGUACCGCAACUCGCCCUGGGCCAAAUAUGUGAACAGGGAGGAGGAAUCUGUCAUCUACAACUGGGUUCACUGGGACCCCCCUCAGCCCUACACUCCAAUCCACCCUCGGCCAAAGAAGCCCACGAGCCUGAGAAUAUACGAGGCCCACGUAGGCAUCGCUUCACCUGAGGGAAAGGUCGCCUCAUACACCAACUUCACGACCAAUAUGCUGCCUCGUAUAAAAGACCUGGGUUACAACUGUAUUCAGCUGAUGGCGAUCAUGGAGCAUGCCUACUAUGCAAGCUUUGGAUAUCAGAUUACAAGUUUCUUUGCUGCUUCCAGUCGGUACGGUACCCCAGAGGAGCUGAAGCAGAUGAUAGAUGUGGCUCACUCGAUGGGCAUUGUGGUGUUGCUGGAUGUCGUUCACAGCCACGCCUCCAAGAACACCGAGGACGGCCUGAACCGCUUUGAUGGCUCCGACUCGUGUUUCUUCCACUCCCCACCCAGAGGGGAGCACAGCCUGUGGGACAGCCGCCUCUUCAACUACUCCAGCUGGGAAGUGAUGCGUUUCCUACUGUCAAACCUGCGCUGGUGGAUGGAGGAGUACUGCUUUGACGGCUUCAGAUUUGAUGGUGUUACCUCUAUGCUGUACCAUCACCACGGCAUCGGCUCGGGCUUCUCAGGGGACUACAGUGAGUACUUUGGCCUACAGGUGGAUGAAGAAUCUUUGGUUUACCUGAUGCUUGCCAAUCACAUUCUUCAUACCCUUUAUCCUGACUGCAUCACUGUUGCAGAGGAUGUGUCGGGGAUGCCUGCUCUCUGCAGAGGAGUGGAGGAGGGAGGACUUGGUUUUGAUUACCGACUGGCUAUGGCCAUUCCUGAUAAGUGGAUUCAGAUCCUGAAGGAGUUAAAGGAUGAGGACUGGGACAUGGGCAAUAUCGUCCACACACUGACCAACAGGCGCUAUGGAGAGAAAUGCAUAGCCUAUGCAGAAAGUCAUGAUCAGGCUCUGGUUGGGGAUAAGAGUCUGGCCUUCUGGUUGAUGGACAAGGAGAUGUACACCAACAUGAGCUCCCUGAUUGCCAUGACACCCGUCAUCGACCGCGGCAUACAGCUGCAUAAGAUGAUCCGCCUCCUCACUCAUGGCCUGGGUGGAGAAGGCUACCUCAACUUCAUAGGGAAUGAGUUUGGCCAUCCUGAGUGGCUGGAUUUCCCUAGAGAAGGGAACAAUCAGAGUUACCACUAUGCCCGGCGGCAGUUUAACCUACUGGAUACGGAUCACCUCCGCUACUCUCAGCUCUACGCCUUUGACCGGGACAUGAACCGGACCGAAGACAAGUAUGGCUGGCUGGCUGCCCCACCUGCCUUUAUCAGUGCCAAGCAUGAAGGGGACAAGGUGAUCGUGUUUGACAGGGCGAACGUGCUCUUUAUCUUCAACUUCCACCCCAGUAAGAGCUUCCAGGACUACAGGGUGGCUGUGGAAGUUCCAGGAAAAUACAAAAUCAAGCUGGAUUCAGAUGAGGCUCUGUAUGGCGGUCACGGACGGCUGGACCACAACACCGAGUUCUUCACAGAGGCCCAGCCCUUCAACGGUCGCCCCAACUCCAUUAAGGUCUACAUCCCCUGCAGAACAGCUAUUGUCCUGGCCAACGAGGAGAUAGAUUACUGUUAUUAGAGGAUGAUUGUCUCCACGGAGACCAGGAUCGAGAAUGGAUUCCGACGUCAAACUGAGUGUUAACAAUCACCUUCAUCUUAAAGUGUCAAACCUUGCACACCACCCAAAUCCACUUUUUGGUGUUUAAGUCUCUUUUUUUUCUUCUAAAUGGGGGUAAAAAAAAAAAAAUAAAAAAAAAAACCCGUUGUGAGCUUGUGUGUGCUUUCAAACACCAUCUGCAACCUUAGAUGCUGUGUAACCCCAUUGGCUACAGAUUGGUCCAUUUGGGAAGCGUCCAACCUAACCAGCAGCUAGAUGCUAAAAGUUAAAACCCUGCCGAGUCCAUCCAGCGCUAGCCAGCAGCCAUUUAUAGGCUCUGUUGAAUUUGGCGUGUCAUCUGAAACACAUGAGCGGCGCCUGUGGCAGAGGGAACCAAUACAACAAGCAUUCAGACUGGAUAAAAGCUUAGACAAAAUAACAAUACUUUUGAAGAUUAUGUAUGUUAAAAUAAUUGUACUUGGUUUAAUUAUUUUGUAUGUAAGACAAUGAGUAAUGUACAGUAUUACCAGCACUUGAAAAUCAAAACGUCCAGGUAUUUAUUCACUGGUGAUCCAUUUUCUUUUUGUUAAUUUGCAUUUUGGGACAUUGUACGUAUAAAGAGAUUGCAAUUUGCACAAAGUAAUAAGCUGCUUUGAAUUAUUAUACUUUUAAUGGGUAUCUAAAACAGAUGUGUUGUAAUGUUUGAAUUUAUGCAGCUACUGAGAGCAUUUAAUGUACGUGGUUAUUUGUGGCCCUAUUAUUAAGGCAGUAAUUUGCAGCUAAAGCAAAGUGAUAAAAUCACCUAAUUUGGAUUGUUUACGACGUGUUGCACAAUGCACAAGUAACAUUUUUAGCUGAAUUACACCAUUUUCUUUCCACUUAACAAAACGCAAUGCAUGGUUUUCUCCUACAGUAGAGCCCAUUAAAGCAGUUCAUGUCAUGUAUUUCGCCAAGCUCUUCGAACUCUACUAAAAGAAGUUGAUACUGAUGAUCAACACAUCAUUUUGUGUGGGUUGUACAGGUAUGACUCACACGCCUGACUACUUUGAGAUGAUUUGUGUGCACCAUCUUCAUUAGGUACUGUAGCAUUCCCCUGAGAUUUAUCGCAGACGUUCCAGGAACACAGAAUGUCUAAAUUUCGCACAUGUGCCCCUUAACAAUUAGGUCUGACUUGUGUUUCAACACAUUUCAUGAUUAAACAUCUCAAAGAACAGCUGCGUCGCUCAUCCUGUGUUCACCAUAGCUAAUAUCUGAAAAGGUUAUCGAUUAACCGAAACAUAAACAGAGGAACUUCGCUGAUGAUGGACGACUGCUGAACUCACUCAUUCAGGCAGCAUGUCAUUAAAAUUAAAAGGUUAUGUUUAGCAAAUGACUGUGAUAAUUGAUCAGUUUCCAGGCUUUAUGUUCUCUCGGUUUUCUAAAAGCCCCUUGUUGCCAUGUGAAUGGGUGUCUUUUUGACAUCUUUCAGCAUUCUCUGCACGUUUUCUAUCAAAGCAAUACUGUUAUAAGUGCAACUAGGGCUGAUUUUGGCCAUCUCAGAUAAAAACUAAUGCCUUGAUUUACUGCGAUGGAUACUGUAAUUGUGUGAUCCACACCUACAGCAUUAUAGUACACACUCUCAGACAUUUAAGCGGUGUAUUGUAACAUAUGGCAGGUUUUGAUCUGCCUUCCCCUGCAGCUGAAGAAAACAAAUUUAAAUUCAGGACCAUCAUUCUGUGUUUAUCCAAAAGUAUCAUGAACAUGUCAUUUCUUUUUUGCAUAACACCAUUUAAAAAUGCCUUUCUCCACCUCUCAAAAAGCACAGAGAGGAUCACUUUGCAUAAAUUCCGAGCGACGAGGUUGUGAGACUGAAGUGGAGUGUUUAAUCAUCCCUCAUCUGACCCAAUGUCAUUGUCGUUUUACCGUUGCCAAAAUGAAUUGUCUGCAUUUGUUCUCAAAAGUAAAAUUGAAGUCUGAUACACAGUAA